CAGACUCCUGCAGACGCUCACACUGAGAUCUUUGUCACUGACGUUCAGAUUUCCUGCUCAAAGAUGAAGACGCUGCUCGCUCUCUGCAUCGCUCUCGCCGUCACCGCCUCAGUGUCCUCCACUACAACUCCUGUUGCCGUGACAACCGCCUCAUCACCAGUCACCAUCAGUCGGGAUGUUCCUACACUCGCCGUUACAACGACAACUGACAGCACCGUCACCCUGACCAGCGAAGGGCCAACAACACCCGUCAACGGUUCAAACUCCAACCAGACGACGGCGUCGCCUGACCCAGGCACGAACACCACUGCUGCUGUUGGCAACGUCACCGCGUCCGGCAACACAACCACACCCGGCGUCACCAUGACAACGGUCUCAACAAACAGCACAAACAGCUCUUCUGCAACCACAACAACAAACUCCACUCAGGCUACGACGGCUCCCCUAGACAACGCCACUCAGGCAAACUCUUCAUCCUGCACCACCGCCACCAAGCCAGUGUCUAACGUAACCAUGGCAACAACAGCCACAAAAGCUAGCAGCAGCAUGGCCCCGCCCCUAGCCAGCGGCAGUGGUGGUGGUGGCGUACCCGGGUGGGGGAUUGCUCUGCUGGUCCUCGCUGCUCUGGUUCUGCUGCUGCUCUUACUGCUUCUGAUCGUUUUGCUGGUGUGGUGGUGCUGCUGUAGGGGGCGCCAAAGAGUCUUAAGUCCCUUCGACGUGGACCACAAAGACGAUAUCCCGCUGUACACCACGCACGGACGCUUCGGACGAGCCAAUGGGGUCGCAUAUGAUGAAUUGGACGAACCAACGAAGAAGAACGAGACGAACGUCUACACCAUCAAUCAGUGAAAUGAAGCAGCGACGGAUAAACGAUCAGAGAAGAAGAACUUGUUGUGAUUUAAAUUCUCAUGUUAAACUUAAAGAUCCUGUUUCAUUAUGUUUGUCUGAUAAUAAACUGUGUAAAUGUU